UAAUUUGUUGAACUGAAAAGGGGAUUUCUCAAAUAAAAAUAAAGAAAACAAUUAUAGAUUUCAGAUAUGACGAAUAAUAGUGAAGAAGACAUGGAACAGAAUAAAACGAUUGAUUUAACUGUUGGAGAUGUUGAGUGUCCGGUUUGUUUGCAAACUGCCGUGCACCCAACGAAAUUACCUUGUGGGCAUAUUUUCUGUUUCUUAUGUUUAAAAGGGGUAGUAAUUAUAAGCCAUCGUUGUGCUUUAUGUAGAAGAGAAACUUCUAAGGAAUCCAUUGACAAUCCGCAAUUAGUUUAUGGAAAGGGCAGUGUUAAAAAUUCGAAACCUCUGGAAGAUGGAUAUCAAUGGUUCUACGAAGGUAGAAAUGGUUGGUGGCAAUACGAUGAAAGAACAAGCAAUGAAAUUGAAAAUGCGUAUAAGUCUAAUAACAAAUCAUGUACUAUUUUUGUGGCUGGUUUCAUUUACAUAGUUGAUUUUGAUACAAUGAUGCAACGUAGACAAAACGAUCCAGCAAAAAAACGAGGCGUUAAAAGGGACUUAGCAGUUGUUCCAAAAAAAGGUGUUGCAGGAAUCCGUUUAGAAGAGAAUCUUAUUUCAAAAGGAAACAAUUCUUCUAAUACUGUGACAAAUACAGGUCUAGCAAAUCCACCACCACCUCCGCCGUCAUCACCACCAACAAUAACAUCAGCACCUUCAACAUCAUCAAUACUUCAAUUACUUCCAAGAACAUUCUCUUUUAGCGGAAUUAUUGAUUUAACAAGAAAUCGAAAUAAUGGCUCAAUUAAUACUCAACCAGGCACCAGUAAUGUCAAUAGCAUCCGUAAUUUUAAUUUUGUAAAUGCUGCUACUACUACAACGACUCCUACAACACCUACUGACCAAAAUGUUAGUACAAUUUCUUUAAAUACGUCUUCAGAUGAUCAAAAUGAUAUCGAUUUUGACAGCGAAGCCGCUCAAUCAAGGACUGUAUCCAAUUAUAUAGAACAACUACGACUUAUUCAACGAAAUGUUCAUCAAAUAACUGAUGAUAGUGACAGUGAUCAUGUUUAAAAAACAAUUUAGAUAAGUACAUUAUUUUGUGGAACAAUACAUAUUGCAGAGAUAUUUUAAUCAAAAUCAGCUAUAGUUCAAAACGCAAAUAAACGAAUUGAAUACUAAAUUUAAUAAGUAGCAUGUAUGUAUAUGAAAUUGCAGAAAUGAAAGACUACAAAAUCCUUUAGACAAAUAAGAAAAAAUUAAUAAUAUUCAUAUAUGUACGUACAUAUAUAUGUAGAUUAAUUAUACAAAAAUUUCCGAAAUUCCUUUAAAAAAAUGCAGUAACUAAACAAUUCCUUCAGAAAAUUUGGUCAAAUAUUCCUAACUGUUCAAUAUUAUAUUGUGUAAUGGGAAAAAAUAUGUGAUUUAAAAAAUAUUGAACAAAUUAGUUAGUUAAACUUGAAAGGACAUAUUGAACAUUUAAAUGGUGUUGUAUGUACUUAUUAGGCAUAUAUACAGAAAUAUAUAUAUACAUAUUUUGUUAAUUGCAGUUACAUACUUACCUACAUAUAUUGAAAUUGUAAAUAGCUGAUAAAAUAUACAAAAAAAAAAAACAAAAACAUAAA